AUCCGGAGACCUCAGACAGUCAGGGGACCAAGGAAUACACUGCCAUGAAGACACUAUUCAUCAAACAGCAGGGAAAAUGCAGACCAUAUAUACACACCAGGUACACUAAAAUGAAGACAGCCACCAACAUCUACAUCUUCAACCUUGCUCUGGCUGAUGCCUUGGUGACCAGCACGCUACCGUUCCAGAGUGUUAACUACCUAAUGGGGACCUGGCCUUUUGGGGACAUCCUGUGCAAGAUGGUGAUGUCCAUCGACUACUACAACAUGUUCACUUCUAUCUUCACACUCACCACCAUGAGCAUUGACCGCUACGUCGCUGUGUGCCACCCCGUCAAAGCACUGGACUUCAGGACUCCACGCAAUGCCAAGAUUGUCAAUGUCUGCAACUGGAUUCUUUCUUCGGCAAUUGGGUUGCCUGUCAUGUUCAUGGCCUCUACUGCUGUCACUUCCCCAGGCAUGGUUGACUGCAAGCUGAAUUUCCCCCAUCCCUCCUGGUACUGGGACACCCUGCUCAAAAUCUGUGUGUUCAUCUUUGCCUUCAUCAUGCCCGUCCUCAUCAUCACUGUCUGCUAUGGCCUCAUGAUCCUGCGGCUCAAGAGUGUGCGAAUGCUGUCAGGGUCCCAGGAGAAGGACAGGAAUCUGCGUCGAAUCACUCGCAUGGUCCUUGUCGUGGUUGCUGUCUUCAUUGUCUGCUGGACUCCUAUCCACAUCUUUGUCAUCAUCUCAGCUCUGAUCACAAUCCCCAACUCAACAUUGCAGACUAUCACUUGGCAUUUCUGCAUCGCCCUGGGCUACACCAACAGUAGUCUAAACCCAGUCCUUUAUGGCUACCUGGACGAGAACUUCAAGCGAUGUUUCCGUGAGUUCUGUACACCGAGUCCUUCGGUGUUGGAGAUGCAGAAUUCUUCCAGGACUGGCGCCAGUAGCCGCAAGCUCCCACAGCGCGAACACAUCAGCGCAAACACAGGAGAAAGGUCCAAUCAACAGGUCGUAUGACUAGCCUUGGAGGGGUCGUCGGUGGACUCUCGCUGUUGUGGCGGUGUUCCCAAUGACGAUCUCAAUUCAGAAGUCACACAGGUCACCACUGGGCUCUGAUUUUACACACACACACACACACACA